GACCCGGAUGAAGUUCCGCUCAACUUUAUAUCCCACAAUUCCUCUCUCCGUCUUCCUCUUUCCCUACUGCAGCCAUGUCUAAGAGAGGACGUGGUGGUUCAUCUGGAGCCAAGUUCCGCAUCUCGCUGGGUCUCCCAGUAGGAGCGGUCAUCAACUGUGCUGACAAUACAGGUGCUAAGAACCUGUACAUCAUCUCUGUGAAGGGCAUCAAGGGGCGUCUGAACCGUCUGCCUGCUGCAGGAGUGGGUGACAUGGUCAUGGCCACAGUCAAGAAAGGCAAGCCAGAACUCAGGAAGAAGGUGCAUCCUGCGGUGGUGAUACGGCAGCGGAAGUCGUAUCGGCGAAAAGAUGGCGUGUUUCUCUACUUUGAAGACAACGCAGGUGUCAUAGUAAACAACAAAGGAGAAAUGAAAGGUUCAGCCAUCACAGGCCCGGUGGCCAAAGAGUGUGCUGACCUUUGGCCCAGGAUUGCCUCUAACGCUGGCAGCAUAGCCUGAUCUGGAUCCUGACCCUGUUCGUUUUCAAUAAAAAACUGUUGGUAAUC